AUGCUCAAAAGGCUCAUGAGUACUCUGAAAUUCGACACAAGGAUCCUGAAAGUAGAUCCCAAAUCUAUCAUAUUUUCUGACACUGCGCACAUUGAUGGCUCACUUCCUACCAUCACAGAUCUGGAAACCGAAAGAAACCUUUUGGAAGCUGCAAAAAUCAUUCGUGAAACGGACGACACUGUAGGAUUUCCAACCGAAACUGUUUAUGGGCUGGGUGGCUCGUCUCUCAAUGAUAGAUCGGUCUUGAAUAUUUACAAAGCUAAGAACAGACCGAGCGACAACCCAUUGAUAAGUCACAUUUCCUCGAUCGAUCAGCUGAAUCGAAAAAUAUAUGGCCAAGCCCAAGUUUCAGACGUUUUUCAAAAUAUCCCCACAGUGUAUCGCAAUUUAAUUGAUAAGUUGUGGCCUGGGCCUCUCACAAUUCUGCUUCCUGUACCGCGAGUUUCCACUUUAUCCAAACUAACCACGGCAGACCAGCCUACUUUCGCAGUCAGAAUUCCAUCCAACCCGGUGGCUAGAGCUUUAAUAGCGCUCAGUGAUACCCCUAUCGCUGCUCCUUCUGCUAAUCGGUCUACUCGUCCCUCUCCAACACUGGUGGCGCAUGUGUAUCACGACUUGAAAGGUCGCAUACCACUAAUUUUGGAUGGCGGUGCCUGCACUGUGGGAGUUGAAAGCACAGUCGUUGACGGGCUCGUCGAUCCUCCUCUAUUAUUACGUCCAGGUGGCUUCACCUGGGAACGGAUACGGGAAAUGGGAGGAGACGACUGGUCCAACUGUAAAGUUGAAAAUAAUAAAACCAUUGCAGCCGGCGAAAAAGUGCGAACUCCAGGCAUGAAAUACCGUCAUUACUCGCCUCAGGCAAAAGUUGUUCUAUUUUCCCCACACAUAAGUGAUUCAGCCUCAUUAUCACAACGCCUUGACAAUGUCAAAGCUGCCAUUGAGCAUCACACCCAAGGCAUUCGGAAGUACGCUCUACUUUCAACCCUUCUUUUCCCGGAUGACUUGAUAACGGAUCCUCGUUGUAUCCAUAAAUCGCUAGGGAAGACUAGCUCGGACAUUCAAACAAAUCUGUUUGCAAUGCUAAGAGAGGUCGACGAAUUGGAAGAGGUCGAUCUUAUAUUAGUUGAAGGAAUUGAUGAAGAAGGGGAAGGACUGGCAGUCAUGAACAGACUGAAAAAAGCUGCAAGUAACAAUGUAACUCUAUUUUAG